GAGAGAGCAGCUCUCUGGUUCUCUGUAAAUUGAUGAAUUACGAAACUCAGAAGCAAGCAAUCGAACCGAACCCACCAUUCCUGCGGAAAAUCUGUUCCCAAUCUAUCUCUCUCUCACACACCCACACACACAUUUUUCUCUCAAUUAACUCUUAUUUUAGUUGCCAUGAUCAUGUAUUCUUUGAAGCAUACGUCACCAUUAGUUUUUUUGUCUGUUAAAGUCUCAAUUUUUUUCAAUUUUUUGCUGUGCCCAGCUAAUUUACCAGUGUUAAAAUAAGAAAAAAGUCAACCCUUAAUCUUAUCCCUGUUAAAACUGUCAAUUCAACUGAAAAUUUAAACUUCAUUCCAUUCAAACAGAGGUUGUUGACUUCUAUACUCCAAUUCCUUAUUUAAUUAUUUGUUUUGGCAUUUUCACAAUUGAAUACACCAAUAAUCAAUAAAGAUUAUUAGUAUUAUUAUUAUUUUGUUUUAAUUUAACUAUAUAUAUGUUCAUUGGUUUAGGUUGUUGAAAUUAUGUAUUUGUGGAGCUUCAGCACUGGGCAUCUGCUCUGUGUUCUUCUGGGUAUUGCUUUGUUCUUAUUAUACAGAAACCCAUCUUCACCUCCUGCUUCUCAAAGCAUGGCUGGUGAGGAAACCCCCAAAUCUAUUUAUGAUUUCACCGUCAAGGACAUACGCGGAAAUGAUGUACCUCUGAGCAAUUACAAUGGGAAGGUUGUUCUGAUUGUGAAUGUUGCUUCAAAAUGUGGUUUAACACAAUCAAACUACAAAGAAUUGAACAUUCUAUAUGAAAAAUACAAGGACCAAGGUUUUGAGAUUUUAGCAUUUCCUAGCAACCAGUUUUGGCAAGAACCAGGAACUAAUGAGAAAAUUCAGGAAACCGCAUGCACAAUGUUCAAAGCUGAGUUCCCCGUAUUUGAAAAGAUCGAUGUGAAUGGAAAGAAUGCAGCACCACUCUACAAGUUCCUAAAAUCAGAGAAAGGGGGUAUAUUAGGAGACGGCAUCAAAUGGAACUACACAAAGUUUUUGGUGAGCAAGGAAGGGAAAGUUGUGGAGAGAUAUGCUCCAACAUUACCUCCUCUUAAAAUUGAGAAGGACAUACAGAAUCUGUUGGGAUCUUCAUGAGCAUCAAGGUUAUUAAUUAUGGGUCCAGGAGAUUCAUAAAUUACAGAGGUUUGAAGUUUGCUGCUUUACUUUCCCUUUUACAAUAAGGCCACGUUGUUUUGGCAAAUUAGAUUGGGUGUGAUUAUGAGUACGGUAAGAUUGAAUAAUGUGAAUAGUAGGGUGGUGGUAUUAGUCUAUGUUCGCAAUGUAUGUUUUUGGGCUAUAAAUAUUUGUCUAUCUUUGUAAUGUGUGUUUUUGGGCUAUAAUUGCAAAAAUAAGCAACUCUCAAAACUAGUACUCUC